CUUCCGGUCGGCGUCAUGACUCACGCCGGCCUCCCGCUACACUACACUACACUGCAGACUGCACCACGCCACCGUCCCCCGAUGAGAGCCGCAGCCACAUCCACAGCCUUCUCCCUCCUCUCGCCCUCCCGCCUCCCAACCUCCACUCCCACCACCACCAGCCUCCCCUUCCGCCGCCGUCUCCGUCUCGCCGCGAUGGCCGCCGCCGCCUCCUCCUUCCGACCGGAGGCCGCGCGCUCGCCCCCCGCCGUCGAGCCCCCGGCCCCGCCGCUCUCCAAGUUCAAGGUGGCGCUGUGCCAGCUCUCGGUGACCGCGGACAAGGCCCGCAACAUCGCACGCGCCCGCGCCGCCAUCGAGUCGGCUGCGGCCGACGGUGCCAAGCUCGUGCUCCUCCCGGAAAUAUGGAAUGGUCCAUAUUCAAAUGACAGCUUUCCGGAGUAUGCUGAGGACAUUGAAGCUGGUGGUGAUGCAGCUCCUUCAUAUUCAAUGAUGUCAGAUGUUGCUCGCAGCUUGCAAAUUACUCUUGUUGGGGGAUCCAUAUCAGAACGUUCUGGUAACAACUUGUACAAUACAUGCUGUGUCUUCGGCUCAGAUGGAAAACUGAAGGGUAAACAUAGAAAGGUUCAUCUCUUCGACAUUGAUAUUCCAGGAAAGAUUACAUUCCAGGAAUCAAAAACACUUACUGCUGGGCAGGAUCUUACUAUUGUUGACACUGAUGUAGGCCGAAUUGGUAUAGGCAUUUGCUAUGACAUCCGUUUCCAGGAAUUGGCAAUGCUCUAUGCUGCAAGAGGUGCCCACUUACUAUGCUAUCCUGGUGCUUUCAACAUGACUACUGGGCCAUUGCACUGGGAGUUGCUUCAGCGGGCAAGGGCUACGGACAACCAGCUUUUUGUUGCCACCUGUGCUCCAGCUCGAGAUACCAGUUCAAGUUAUGUUGCUUGGGGACAUUCCACUCUUGUUGGACCGUUUGGUGAGGUGAUUGCGACAACUGAGCAUGAUGAAGCAACCAUAAUAGCUGAGGUUGAUUAUUCACUGAUUGAGCAGAGAAGGCAAUUUCUCCCUCUUCGACAUCAACGACGUGGAGAUCUCUAUCAGUUGGUAGAUGUUCAGGGAUCAGGUUCGAAGUAGUUGCUCGGCUAGGCAUGGCCUGGGAAGCAAGAAUCGCCGCUGAUUGUAAAGGCUGGCUCAUGCUUGGGUUCGUGAGAUGUAUGUGCCCAUCUUUGUCUGUAGUUUGCACAAUUGCAGAGACACAUAGUGUGAGAAAAGGGGACAAGAAAGAAUAAGGAUACAUGCGAUGCAACUUGUACAAUUGCCCUAGUUGGGAAAUAAUCGAGACCGCUUCUUCAUUAGCAGGAAUAAAAAUCGAGACCUUUACUCAA